CCUGACGACUUCCGUCCGCGACCAGAAGCUGCUUGCUUAGGGACCAGAGGAGUGGCUGCACACAACUAGCGAGUGACCCGGGAAGGGCGCAGAGGGAAUGUCUGAAGAGGACUUUCCUUCGUCCCCGUACCGGUGUAUCGAGUGCAACCAGGAGGCCAGUGAACUAUAUAGAGACUACAACCAUGGCGUGCUGAAGCUUACCAUUUGCAAAUCCUGCCAGAAAGUUGUAGACAAGUAUAUUGAGUAUGAUCCUGUUAUCAUCUUGAUUAAUGCUAUUUUAUGCAAAGCCCAGGUCUACAGGCAUAUUCUUUUCAAUACUAAAAUAAAUAUCCAUGGAAAACUCUGCAUGUUUUGUUUGCUUUGUGAAGCAUAUCUGAGAUGGUGGCAGCUUCAGGACUCAAACCAGAAUAUUGCCCCGGAUGACUUGAUUAGAUAUGCCAAGGAGUGGGAUUUUUACAGAAUGUUUGCAAUUGCUUCUCUAGAACAAAGUGCCUUUUUUGCCGGCAUUUUUACUUUUCUGUGGAUAAAACGACUCAUGACAGCCAAAAAAAAGCCCCACUUCAUCUUGCUGCUGAAGGCAUUACUAUUAUCAAGCUAUGGAAAGCUUCUGCUGAUACCAGCUGUCAUCUGGGAGCAUGACUACACAAUUCUGUGCCUCAGGCUCAUCAAAGUAUUUGUGCUGACCUCAAAUUUCCAAGCAAUCAGAGUGACUCUAAACAUCAGCCGCAUGCUGUCCUUGUUGGCCAUCCUGAGUGGCUUACUGCUGGAAAGCUGCAUGGUCUUCUUCUUCCAGAGGAUGGAGUGGGAUGUUGGCAGCGACUGUGCCUUCUAUAGGGAGCAGGACUUCUGAAGGCAUGACCAUCAGCAUCUGAAAGUGAAGAUGUGUCACAGAAACCAAGCACUUUUUUUGGUAAGGAAAGUGAAACAGAGACUUGGGAAGCCUUCCUGGAAAAGAAGGUCAUGACAUGCAACAAACAUCCAGUCCCUUCCCCCAUCCUGGAAACAGCCACACCAUUCACACAUGUGUGCGCAGACACACACACACACACACACACACAAUGUGACUAGGGACAUUUACAUAAAUGUGCGCACCCAGUUGUACAUUGAGUUGUACAUGGUGGACACCCAGGGCAGUACCUGUGUUUCACAUGUAAUGAAAGAUCUAAAUUUUAUUCCUUUGGCAAGUUUAUAGCUUUUAAAUUUAAAUGUUCCUCUUUGGCUACAAAUCAGAUUUGUGUUCUUACAACAAUAGAAAUACUUUCACAGUUUUUCAGAAUAAACUUAAAGUUUUUAUAAAUUUUCAAUUCAGUAACUUACUUUUUCAAAUUGGCUGAUCCAAAAUCAAUACAAAGAAAACCCACCGAAUUGUUGCACUGUAUGGGAUGAAUUAUAUUUAAAUAAAGUGUUUAUUAAAAAGUAGAGAUACAA